ACCGCCAUGUGCUCGCUGCCCUCCGCCACUUUCGCCCUCCCGCAGGAGCUUGUCGAUAUCAUCGUACCCAUCGUCGCCGACCACAGUUCUCUCAAGGCUUGCUGCUUGGUCUCCCGCAGCUUCUGUGCGCCAGCUCAGAGACGGCUCUUUGCUUCACUCGAGCUCUUGCCCUCCUCCAUGGCGUGGCAAGAGGAUUAUCUUGCGCUCGCUAGCCUCGACGCGCUCCAAACGCAGUCUCCACAGAUCAGCGGGUAUGUCCGGCGGCUCACCAUCGAUCUGCGCGGGCCAUGGCUCGCCGACGAUGCGUUCUCACGGGUCCUUCGGCGCUUCGAUAGGCUCACCACGCUAGUGCUGGACAGCGAGCUGCACAGUAUCCGGCGGCUGAGACAGCCCCUCGAGUGGAUGCUGCUUCCGCUCCCGGCACAAGCGGCCCUAAGGCACAUCAUGGCGCAGCCAACGCUCACGUCGCUGACCCUCCGCGGCAUCCAGUUUGCGGUCUUCUCUGAACUGCGCGACGCGUUUGAGGGCCGGACACAGCUCAGACAGUUGUUGGUGGACAAUGUCAGCCUGUCGAAACUGCAGGAUGACUCGGACCCGGGGUCUAACACCGCCGGCACCCUCUUGCUCGAUUCAUUGAGCAUUUUCACGGAGGCUGCCUCGUUUAUACGACAUCUGCCGACUUUAUUACACAUCCCGGCCCUGCGGGGCAUGGAGCUCCUGCUCCCUAGUAAAGAAUGCGAGGACGCGGCCGGCUUCGCGUGUGACGCCCGGGCCCUCCGGACGCUGACUAUCGACCUGCAACAUCAAGACACCUUGCCCUGGACAACCUCCGGAUGCUCGACACCCUCGAGAUCUGCCUCGACCUGUCCUCUCCCCCCGAAAAUGCGCGCUCGCCCAGCUGGCACUCAAGAUGGCUGGACGCGCGGCAGGCCCCAGCAGCGUCCUUGA